AUGGAUUAUCUCCAACCGACUACUCGAAGUUUUGUAAAUCCUCAACGUCGUUCAAUGAAUGAUGGUGAUAGUUUUGAUACUGAUCGUUUAAGUGGUUCAAUACAAUAUGAUGAUGAUGAUGAUGAUGAUCAGCAAGAUCCAAAUUUCAGUAAUGACAUGCUUCCACCACCAGUUGCAGAUUAUGAAACAGAAGGAAAAACUAAUAAGAAAUCGAAAAAAAAUGAAGAAGCAAAUGAAAAACGGAUUCUACGUCAAAAAGAAAAAGAUGAAAAGAAGGCACGUCAAAAUGAAGAGAAAGAACGUAGAAAAAGUCAAAGUCGAACAAGAACUACAAAUGAACGCGACGUGAAUAGAUCAUCAAAUAAUGAAUCAAACGCCUGUAUUGUCAUGCUAGAUAAUUCUGAACAAUUUGUCGCUUUAAAAAAAGAAGACACGGGUAAAAUAUUAGCUAAUCGUGUAUGUGACUUAAUGAAUCUCGAAGAACGAGAUUAUUUUGGAUUAAAAUUUAUAAAUAAUGAAAAGAAUCAAACAUGGUUAGAUAACGAUAAACGUGUUAUAAGUCAAUUGAAAGACGUUGAUCCAGUAUUUUACUUCCAAGUCAAAUUUUAUCCUCCUGAACCUGCUCUACUCCAAGAUGAUCUUACUCGAUAUCACAUGUGUCUUCAAAUACGAAGUGAUAUUGUUUCUGGCAAAUUACCAUGUUCAUUUGUGACCUAUGCUCUAUUGGGUUCAUAUACGGCUCAAGCUGAAUUCGGAGAUUACGAUGAAUUUCAACACGGUCCAUCACAUCAUUAUUUAGAACAUCUUAAAUUUGCACCUGUCGACCCAGAUUCAGAAUUACUACGACGUAUACAUGAACAGCAUAAAAGACACAAAGGCCAACCGCCAAAUGCAGCGGAUUUACAUUUUCUUGAAAAUGCAAAAAAAAUAGCGAUGUAUGGUGUAGAUUUACAUCUAGCACAAGAUUCAGAAAACGUUCCUAUUAACAUCGGGGUAUCAGCUAAUGGUUUAUUAGUCUAUCGAGAUAAAUUACGGAUAAAUCGUUUUGCUUGGCCAAAAAUUUUGAAAAUUUCAUAUAAAAAAAGAUAUUUUUUUAUUAAACUUCGUCCAAGUGAUUUUGAUCAAUAUGAAAGUACGAUUGGUUUUAAAUUAGCUUCAUAUCGUGCAGCAAAAUCUUUAUGGAAAAUAGCUGUUGAACAUCAUGCAUUUUUUCGUCUUCGAAAACCAGAAGAAAUUCGCAAACGACCAAUUUUACCAAGAUUCAAUUCAACGUUUCGUUAUACAGGAAAAUAUACAUAUCAUCAAGCUCGUCAAUUAACGCAAGAUAGGCCAAAUCCUGAUUUCGAAAGAGCAUUAAACAAACGAAUGGCAAAAAGUCUUGAUGCUUUGAGCAAUUCUACUUCAGCUGGCAGUGACUUAAAUCGUCCGACUAAAUCAGUUGUUGUAAAAACAUUACCAAGACCUCAAAGUAUUGAACCAUUCUAUGAAAAACGUCGAAUACAUCUAUCGAAUAACGAUGACGAUGAAGAUGAAUAUGAAUAUCCAGCGCCUAUAGUUGUAAAAGACCCAGAAUAUGCAUAUGUGAAAAAGAAACCAGAACAGGAACCUAUUGAGCAAGUACCGGUUCCUCCGCCAAGACCGCCAAAAAUAUCGGAAGUAAAACCGACGCGGCCACCACUACCGCCAACUUAUGUUAAUGUUCCGUUGCAACCACCAGUUCGACCUCGUGAGCCUUCGCCUACUAUGGAUCCUGAUGCAGCUCUUAUUGCAGCUAUUCGUUUAGCAACUGAUCUUGAUCCAAAUAAAGAAGCCGAACAAGUAGUAAUGAGCAGUAAUUAA